UGCACAAUGUAAGUUGUGAGGAGUAUUGGAAGUGAAAAGGGAAACGAUCAUAUUUUCAUUAAGUCUAUUAAUCCAUGCAAGAAGAAAAUUCUCCAAGGUACUGAAAUGGAUAUAGGAGAGAAAACAGCUCGUAAAGGAAUACCUCUUCAUGAGAUUCCAAAUGGUACCCCUUUAAAGGAGUUACGUAAACUUCAGAGUGGUUCAUCAAAUACUCAGUUGAGUACCAAUUCUGUAUCUCCAGCCAAAUUCAAUUUAAUGACUUUUAAAAAUAAAAAACCUAAAGUUAAUUGUCAUCUUCAGUCCACAUUGUUAAACAAUGAAGGGACAUUUAAUGUAAUUUCUCCAGAACUCAGUGACAUAAAAGAUUCUGAUUCAAUCUCAGUUUGUGCAAAUAUAGACCAAAAUCACUUAAGUUCUGUUGGAUUCAAAUUGAGUGAACAAGUGGCCUCUGAGAGUCCUGCCAAAACAUUCCAAAGAAUGAAAGGCAAGCUUCACUGUAAUCCAAUAACUGAAAAUCACAAUCUUCAAAAAUCGCAAAAAACAACUUUUGAAUGUAAAGAAACUGGACAAUAUUCUGAUGCCACUAUGAAUGGAUGCAUCUUAAAAACCAGCUUUACAGUCCCCAAUCCGUUGGACGUAUGUCACAUUUCACCAAUGAAGAACCGUGAUUCUUUGAUGCCAUUUUCCCCAGCCAAAAUUUUCUUACAGAUGAAACAAAAUAUGGAAAUUAACAAUCAACACAUUCAAUUAUCUGCACUUAAACUUUCAGGACAUGAAGUUGGAUUCCUACAUGGUGACCAACAUGGAAAAUCAGUUUCAACAGAAGUGCCAAAUGCACCAAGUACUUCUCAGCCCACAAGAAAUACAGAGUUUCUGCAAAAAGGCAUGAUAUCCAAAGUUAAUAGUGCUGACAAAAAGGAGGAAAAUUGGAGUUCUCUUCCUCUGAGGCUGGAUUCCGAUAUCGGGAACGACGCUGAUGAUGAACACAGCAUAACACAAAAUAGAGUAAAUUCAGUUUCAAACAGCAACCCCUCCAACUGCACAAAAAAUGAAACGCAGGACAUCCUGGGUUUCAGCACCAUCUCUUUGCAAACAUUUGCCCAAACAGAUAAAAAUAUGGUGCAGACAAAACACACAGACUCUGAAGGAGCAAUUGAAGAUAUUAAAGGGUGUAAGGAGCUGUGCAAUAUUUUGCUGAGAUCACCAAAGAUCAGAAUACCAAGAAAAGUUGCAGAAGUUGAACUUGGAAAAUCAAAGCCUAGCAUUGCUAAUAGUCCCAAAAGCAAAGAGAAAAAAAAGAAGAUUACUCUCACAAAAUGGAUCAUCCAGCAAAUAAAAACCAGCAGUGAAAUUUGUGUUGAAGGACAAAGAGAUGAAGAUGGAGCAUAUUGGCAUAGUAAUGUAAUUGUUGAACGAAUAAGCCAGACAGAAGUUAAAUCUAUUACUGGCUCAGUUUAUGUUUUGAAAGGUCCAAUGGAUUACAUUGCAAUGAAGAACCAAGGAUUCUCUGACUCUUCCUUAAAGCACUUCUUUCAUGGUUUUCCAUUGAAUUGGGAGGAUCGUAUUGAACAACUCCUUGAAAGUAGGAGGGAAAAGCCUAAAGAUCCAGUCAUAAAAAAGACUAAAAAUGCCAGAAUUCCAAAAUUAUCUUCAAUGAAAUCAUUGAAAUCACAAGAUAUAAUAUCAACAUCUGAGACUGCAAGUACCAGGCAAAAGCUCACUAACAUGAGGGUGCCAAAGGAAAAGCAUAAAAAGACAAACUAUGAGACUGAUCUUAAAAUUUCAAUGGAAGUAUCAAUACAGAGGGGCCUGUUGACCAGCCGUAGUGGCCGUUGCAUUAAAGCACCAAUGGAAUAUUGGCGGGGACAGCGAUUAGUUACUGACAAUGACUUGAAUGUUACUGUCAUUGAGGGUGGAACUAAUUAUUUGACUCCCCCUAAACUUGAUACUACAAAAAUGAAUAGCCGAACUGAAAAUCCCUUGAACUCAAAUCAACAUCAAAAACCAAAAAAUCACACUGAAGAACCAAUUGGAAAGAAAACUAAAAAUCAUAUUUUAAAGAUGGAAAGAAAUGCCAAAAAGACAAAAGGUGCAAAAGAAAAAUCAAAAAAUCAACCAGUGAAAUAUAGCCUAAGUAAACAGCCACAGAAGCAUUUGCCAAGACAAACCACUUUAAGAACAGAUGGAUUUACUUUGAAUACCGAAAAUAAAAAGAACAAAAAGCAUAAUUACUUAAACCCUACUGUUGUUUUGAGCCCAGUUCCCAAUCCUUAUUCAUUAAUGAACAAAACAGUAAAAUUAAGUGAACUUGGACACGAUGUUCAGAAAAAUGCCCAGAAAGGCAAUAAAUUGGUCACUGUAACUACAACUAGUUCAUCUGAAAUGGAAAGUACAAGCAAGAGUGACAUCUAUGAACACAAAUCUGAGCUAAGAUCCACAAAAGCAAAACAUCAAGAUACUUACAAAUUAAGAAAUAGAACUGUAAAAUCAAGCAUGUCAUCGCAGAACAUCCAAAAAAGCCAGAAUGAGAAAAGAAAUCUAUCCCCCGCAAAAGUGACCGAUUCAUCUAAAAUGAAGGAUAUAAAUGAAAGGUAUGCUUCUGAAAGGCGCACACGGAUAAAUCGUUCUUCAAAAUCAAUCAACAAAACUAUUUCAUUGAGUCCAACAGAAAAUGAGACUUUUCAGUCCAAUGAAGGUAUCAAGAUUAAUAUUAAAAGAAAAUCGAGAAAAAUGAAUCUCAAACAGUCUGUCUAUAAGCAAAGCUUGGAACAAGUUAAUAAGCAAGUCUCAGAGUCACAGUUUGAAGAGUCUUUGGUUCAAAUAGAUGCAGCAGAACUAAGUGAUGAUAAUAGCGGAAGCACUGUGUCAAAGUGCAAUCAACAAUCUUCAAAAAGAAAACAGAAAAAUCAGUUCAAUAGAAUUCUAUCAUCCACUACAGAUGUUUCACUGACUGAAGCAAAACAUACCAAAGUUAGUGCAAAAAGAAAACUAAAACAUUCAGCAAUAUCCUUAGAAAAGGCAGCACCCAAAAAUAGAGCAGCAGCAGAUACAAGAUCAGAAUUGUGUUCCAUGUCUGGUCAGAAAGUACAACAAACUCUACAUGUUAUUGAUGAUCCUGGAGCAGAAUACUGGACUAAGAAAGAACUCCACUGUCUACACAAAACCAUUGCAGCAUUGCCAAAACAUAAACAUGGUUUCUGGGAAGAUGUGGCAGCAUCUGUCGGUACACGUUCUGCUGAAGAGUGCCAACAGAAGUACCUAUCUGAGCAACAGCCUAAAUUGUGCAAAAUAUCUGAAGUGAAACAGAAGAAGAAAAAGAGCUCCAGUAAUGAAAACAAGCAAGAGGAACCCAAGAAAAUUACUGCACGGGCUGGAACACUGAAAAGAAAGCAGCAAGUAAGGUCUUUCCUAGAACAUAUUCCUAAGGAUGAUCGUGAAGAUCUUUUCAAUGAUACAGAAUUUCAGCAUAAAAGAAUAAAGCUUCCAAGUUUUUCGGGCCAAGAAGAUGGAGAUGAUUUUUUCAAACUUCAGGCAAAUCCAACUACUCCAUCUUCAAUCAUCUUUCCUAUAGCAAAAACGCCACAGUGGAAUCACAUCAGUCCUCGAAUGUUAGCUCCCACUGAUGGUGCAAGUAAUGACAAAUAUGUGCAUCAAUUACAAAAAAAAUCCAAAAUGAAGAACUGGUCCAAAGUCAAGAAGAAGUCGAAACAAACAUUCUUAAUGACACCAUACAGACUUAAAUCAUCACGUGUAACGGAAGGCCAACAGAAAUGCAAUAUAACGAAGCUAUUCCAGGAUAGAAAAACCGUUCAACCAGAUGAUGACAAAGAGGAUGAAGAUUAUUAUUUUUCAAAUUCGGAAUAGAUCUUAUUUUAUGAUAAAGUUAAAAUACCUGACUCAGAGUAGCUACUUAGUUGAUAGGACUCUGAAAUGUAGUGAUAUUUAAAUACUGGAAUUUAAGUUGUGGUUCCUUCUGUUGAUGGUUUUUAAAUAGUGAAAAUGUAUAUAAAAUGUAUAAAUUCAACAUCAAAU